AUGGCCAGCAGUUGGUAUGAUCCAGUUGUGGCGCUGCUCCGUGCACCAUUCGACCUUACCGUAGCUGCAAAUGCCCGGGCCUUCGAUUGGCACGACUACUGCGGGAGUUCCUCCCACGGCUUCGCUUACGGCGACUGCGUGACAACCAUGCAGGCCUGCGGAGAGAUUCCACUAGGCAAAUCCGGCCUGACCAUCAGUGGAGGAAACUUCCUAGGUGACUGCACUGUGCUUUUCGUUGGAAUCGACACAGUUGAGUACCACGGAAUGUGCGGUGCUGGCAGCCUUAUCCGCAGUGACGCGCCCUGCCGUCCUCACGACUUCAUCUUUCAGGAGCUCGGCUGCCAGCUGUCGCUUGGAGCUUUUUGGGUCAUCCAAGCGGCUUUGAUGGUUUUCCUCUUCUGGCAGUACUUCCGGCCACAAGGCAAUGGCCCACCAUCUGACUUCAAGGAGCUGGAAAAAUAUAUCAACUGGUGGAACGACUUCUGGGUUAGCCUCUGCGCAAACCUGUACGCACUCACCAUUCUGACCCAGGGCAUUGAGAACAAGGUGCUGUCUCAGAUUGUUGGCUUCGCAGCGGGCAUGGGUCUCGAUCUUGCGAUGUACAUGCUGCCGGUGGCUGCCGUCCAGAAGCUAAUCCGGAAGCUGGGCUGUCCAGAAUUCCUUGGUGGCUGUGCGGCCACUGGGCUCGGGCUCUACUGGGGAAGCUGCGGGCUACUCCAGGCCUUCUCAGCAAGUGGUGUUGCAGUUGCUGGCCAGCAUGCCCUUGCGAAUGCCGCGGUACAGUUCCUGCUGAACGGGCUCAGCAAAGAGGCCGUGGUCAAGCUGCUUCUUGGAAACUCAGAUGUGAACCCUCCGCCGCCUGGCCGUAGGUACGGCCCUUUAUGA